GUAUGCUUUCGCUCUCCAGCUAAAGAUGGCGGAGCGCGGCUACAGCUUUUCGCUGACUACAUUCAGCCCCUCCGGUAAACUUGUCCAGAUUGAAUAUGCUUUGGCUGCUGUAGCUGGAGGAGCCCCUUCAGUGGGAAUUAAAGCUGCAAAUGGUGUGGUAUUAGCAACUGAGAAGAAACAGAAAUCCAUUCUGUAUGAUGAGCGAAGUGUACACAAAGUGGAACCAAUCACCAAGCAUAUAGGUUUGGUGUAUAGUGGCAUGGGCCCAGAUUACAGAGUGCUUGUGCACAGAGCUCGAAAACUGGCUCAGCAAUACUAUCUCGUUUAUCAAGAACCCAUUCCCACAGCUCAGUUGGUACAGAGAGUAGCUUCUGUGAUGCAAGAGUACACGCAGUCAGGUGGUGUUCGUCCAUUUGGAGUUUCAUUACUUAUCUGUGGUUGGAAUGAGGGACGACCAUAUUUAUUUCAGUCAGAUCCAUCUGGAGCUUACUUUGCCUGGAAGGCCACAGCGAUGGGAAAGAACUAUGUAAAUGGGAAGACAUUUCUUGAGAAAAGAUAUAAUGAAGAUCUGGAACUUGAAGAUGCCAUUCAUACAGCCAUCUUAACCCUAAAGGAAAGCUUUGAAGGGCAAAUGACAGAAGAUAACAUUGAAGUUGGGAUCUGCAAUGAAGCCGGCUUUAGGAGGCUCACUCCAACUGAAGUUAAGGAUUACCUGGCUGCCAUAGCAUAAUAAGGAAGUGACUGAACAAUCCGGAAUUUCAGAUAAUCUACGUACCUAAACAUGUUCAAAGUAUGUUUUGUUUUGCAGACUUUUUGCAUACUUAUUUCUACAUAGUUUAAUGGACUGAUGUUUUUAAAAUGACACUUACAAAUCAUAAUAAACUGUUAAAUCCAA